UUGAAAAAGAAAGCGAUUCUGCCACGUAUUCAUGGACAGGCAGGAAUUGCUUUGCUUUCACUUUUCGCAAUUUCAAUAGCCGUAAACACUCUUUUUUUUUCUUCAGUGGACUCUUUUUUCUAUUUCUGUAUUCUUUCGCGAGUCAAGGACUAAUUAGCACUAUCAAAUCACAAAAAAACAAAGAAGAGAUUCAUGGAUUCGAUACAUUGGAAUAGAAUUCAUGUUUGAUAAAAAUAUUAGAUCGCAGAACGUCGACGAACGCGACAGGUUCAUUAACAAUUUAUAGAUGAAAAAUAAAAUGGAAAAAAAGAAAAUAUUUUUUCCUUUUCUAUAUCUUAUAUCUAUAGUAUUUUUACCCUGGUGGAUCUCUUUAUCAUUUCAAAAAAGUCUGGAAUCUUGGGUUACUAAUUGGUGGAAUACUAAGCAAUCGGAAACUUUUUUUAACGAUAUUCAAGAAAAUAAUCUUCUAGAAAAAUUCAUCGAAUUAGAGGAGCUCCACUUGUUGGACGAAAUGAUAAAGGAAUACCCGGAAACACAUCUACAAAAGCUUCGUAUAGGAAUCCACAAUGAAACCAUUCAAUUGAUCAAAAUGCACAAUGCGGAUUGUAUCCACAUGAUUUUGCACUUCUCGACAAAUCAAAUCUGUUUCCUUAUUCUAAGCGGUUAUUCUAUUCUGGGAAAUAAAGAACUUAUUCUUCUUAACUCUUGGGUUCAGGAAUUCCUAUAUAACUUAAGCGACACAAUAAAAGCUUUUUCGAUUCUUUUAUUAACUGAUUUAUGUAUCGGAUUUCAUUCGCCCCAUGGUUGGGAACUAAUGAUUGGCUCUAUCUACAAAGAUUUUUGAUUUGCCCAUAACGAUCAAAUUAUAUCUAGUCUUGUUUCUACGUUUCCAGUUAUUCUAGAUACAAUUUUGAAAUAUUGGAUUUUCCGUUAUUUAAAUCGUGUAUCCCCAUCACUUGUAGUGAUUUAUCAUUCAAUGAAUGACUGAAAAGACGAAAAAGGGGUAUACGGAUAUAAAUCGAAUUCGAAUUUCGAACGCGAUGUUUGUUACUUUGUACAUAAUCAAAGCAUUACAAAAUUGACUUCCUCUUUCUAUUUAUACCCAUCUAAGACGGGAAGUUUCUCCCAUAUUCCAGUAAUAAAAUAUUAUUUCAGUAAAUUUAGUUUUCACUUAAAGUAAAUAACAGAAUCGGGGAUAGGGAACUAUACUAGCAACCUACCCAAUUUAUUGUAGAAAUUUGCGGAAUCAAAGAUUGGA